AUGUUGUCCAAGAGAACGUUCAACGUACUUUGCCUAGGAUACUUCCUUAUCGUCUCUGCUACCGCCGCAGAGGAAAAAAAAGAUGCAAAGGCUGAAGAGAAGAAGGACUUAACUCUCGAAGUUAACGCCACCGCAGCCGAACAUUUUAAAGUCGACGCCUCAAACGCCAACGACGUCGUUUUUACUGCCGAAGAGGGAUACCGCGUCAAGACACUCAAGGUCGGAGAUAAGAACCUGUAUACCGUAGAUACUUCCAAGUUCACCCCAACUGUCGCCCACAGACUGAAGCAUGCUGACGACCUGUUCUUCAAGCUCAACCUGUCCCACGCAAAGCCAUUGCUGUUCAAGAAGAAGACUGACAAGGAUUGGGUUCAAUUCAGCUUCGCCCAGUACCUCGAUGAAGUUGUAUGGAAGGAGAAGAAGGAAGUAAAAGACCUCGACGCAUCCAAGUUCGCAGACGCAGGUCUUUUCGCCGCUGAGGCUUUCGGUACCGGAAAGGUGUACAACUUCAUUGGAAACUUCAAGGUCAAGAAGGUCAUGUUCGAGGAGAAGGACGUUGGAGAUUCAAACAAGGCCAAAUACACCGCUGUCAAAGUUUACGUCGGUUCCGAUGAGAAGAAAGUCGUAAGACUCGACUACUUCUACACUGGUGAUGAGAGAUUCAAGGAGGUUUACUUCAAAUUGGUAGACGGAAAAUGGAAGAAGGUUGAGCAGAGCGAGGCAAACAAGGAUUUGCACGCCAUGAACAGUGCUUGGCCUUCGGACUACAAGCCUCUUGUCGACAAGUUCUCACCACUUGCCGUUCUCAGCGCGGUUCUCAUCGCCUCCCUCGCAGUAUUCUAUUAUCUCUAG